GCGCUCUAACGUGACAUAAUGGAACGUGCGAGGCUAGAAAAGCUCGCGCGGGUGUGCGCUUCACUCAGAUCCAGCUCCAGAGCAGAAGACUGUCCUCAGUCUCUGAAUUCACGGUGUAUUAGACGAUUAUAGAAAUUGCAUAAAUAAUUUAAAUCAGCAUAUUUAACACGCGUGGUUGAUUCUGUGAGGUUAUGGACAGGACGUCGCUGUGAGCGAGUGUCCAUCAGAUCUACUUCAUUUUUAUUCACGGAGAUAAUAAUAAUAAUAAUGAUGAAGAAGGAUAUUAACUUGAGUCUGGAGGACGACGCGGACCUCAAGCCCCAUCUCCGUGACGCGGAGAGCAUGCUGAGCUCCCCGGACCUGGGGCUGCUCAAGCUGGCCUCUCCGGAGCUGGAGAGGCUGAUCAUCCAGUCCAACGGCAUGGUCACCACGACGCCCACCAGCUCCCAGUUCCUCUACCCGAAGACGGUGACGGAGGAGCAGGAGUUCGCGGAGGGUUUCGUGAAGGCGCUGGAGGAUUUGCACAAACAGAACCAGCUGAGCGGAGAAGCGCAGACGAACAGUCUGGACCUGGGCGCCAACAUCGCUCCGGUCACUAUCCAGCCGGACCUACCGGUGUAUACGAACCUGAACAGUUACGGCACCGGGCCGCUAGGAACCACUGUGAACUACUCCACUGACACGGUCCCUUUCCCGCCGCCUCCGCCUCAUCACCUGGGGGCAGCGGCAGCAGCUCCUCCGCCUCAGACGGAGCUUUCUCCGCCGCUGCAGCUGCUGAAGGAGGAGCCUCAGACAGUGCCCGACGUGCAGAGCUUCGGCGAGAGUCCGCCGCUCUCCCCCAUUGACAUGGACACGCAGGAGCGCGUCAAAGCCGAGAGGAAGAGGCUGCGGAACCGCAUCGCAGCCUCCAAGUGUCGGCGGCGCAAACUGGAGCGGAUCUCCAGGCUGGAGGACAAGGUGAAAACGCUCAAGAGCCACAACACCGACCUGGCGUCGACGGCCGGUCUGCUCAGAGAGCAAGUGGCUCAGCUUAAACAGAAAGUCCUGUCGCACGUGAACAGCGGCUGUCAGCUGCUGCCACACGAGGUUCAAGUGCAUUAGGGACAGAGUUUCCCGUGGCUGCUGACCAGCGUAUAAGCUUCAUGGACUAAUUUGUUAUUGUAGUAUAUUCUUCUCUCUGUAUAUAGCCAUCAUGUUUGCAGUGGUUGGUGGAAUGAAUGCCAGGCCACGUAGGCCAAAAUCUCUAUCAAUAAUUAGCUGUUUUUAUAAAUGGUUGGGUACCGGUGUAAUGUAAACAUACAAUGGCACGGCGCACUGUCAGAUACUGUUUAAUGAGACCCUCCUGCUUAAUUCGGCAGCUCAUUUGGACAGAUUUUCUUCCAAAUUAACCAUAAUCCACAUUCCUCCACUGCCUGAGAGAGAACACAUCGGCAUCAAGUAUGUGAUAUUUACAUUGAAAAAAUAAAAAAAAAUAAAAAUGGUGUCUUGGAUUUAUGGCGAAGUCAAGAGAGUUUGAUAUAUUAUAUUUAUAUGGUUGUGUUUUACUGGACCUUUAAACUGCUGUUUUUUCAUUGACAUUUGGUCUUUAGCACGUUGAUGGGCUAUAUACUUUAACUUCUGUUUUAUGUUUUUGGGGAAAUAAUUAGUCUUAAACCGUGGACCAAGCUGAUUUUGACAAGAACAUUGUUAUUUUGGCUGUAAGAGCGAUGUAUAUAUAUAUAUAUAUGUAUACAUGCUAAUAAACAUGUUUGACAUAUUUACCAUACAUCUCAGGAGGUAAACAGUUUGCAAACUUGAUUGUUUACUCUACUUUGGUCCAUUCCAGUGUGUCCUCAUGUGGAGAGUCAUGCCCUUUUUUAUUUUUUUUUGCACUGACUGUUUUGUGUCACCUGUAACCUCCAGUUAUUUGGUUUUAUGCCACUGUGUUAAAUUAAAUGCUGCUUGACAAUAAAACUGUUUCCCCCUCUA